CGAUGUUGUUCACGCGGAGAGAAAUAAUGCAGCAGUUGGGGGAACAGUCUACUGUGGCAAUUGUAUGGUAACUGACAGUUCAGUGGAAAAUAUCGUGUAUGUAGGUGCAUGUCAUUAUUCAGAUCGAAAAAUUACGGUUUAAUUGAAAAUGUCAUCUCCUGCACAAGUGUUAAAAAGUGUCGGCCCAAAGCUAGUCCCAUUCUUUAAAAGCGUGUCCGUGUAUUUUAUAUUACUGGCCGAGCAGCCAUCCCUGCUGACGGCAUGUUUCAAGUGUUUGCCAAUUAUAAGUCUUAUCGUCUUUGUUCUUCUACAUGGAAUUAGUUUAUCGCAGGAAUACAGGUUCUCCAGACGAAUAUUGACAGGGUUGAUAUUCAGUUGCAUAGGAGAUGCGCUAUUGGUUUGGCCUAGUUGUUUCACGCCAGGGAUGUGCAUGUUUGCCCUGGCCCAAAUCAUGUACAUCAGUGCAUUCGGUUUUAUACCGCUUAACAUAAUGUUAGGUACAAUUUUAUACGCGUUGUGUUCGCUAGUCAUAUAUGCUUUAAUGCCUGGUCUGAAUGGAAUUCUGGUGAUUGGGGUUCCUGUUUACACGGUGUUACUAACCACCAUGGCGUGGAGGGCAAUCUCUAGAGUGCAAUUUUACAAAGUACAGAGAAAAGAGCUAUGGACGUGGACUAAAUUAUGCAGCUGCAUUGGUAGUAUAUGUUUCCUCAUAUCUGAUACGCUGCUCGGAUUUCACUAUUUUCAUACUCCCCUACCUUAUUCUCAGUAUUUUUCAGGUUUCUAUAAUGUUAACGUACUAUGCGGCUCAAUUGGGAAUAGCUUUGAGCGCAGUUGGUUCUAAAAAUAGCAACAACAAUAAUAAUAAUGUUAGCAACGAUAAAACUGACACAGCCUUUGUCAAGGGUUAAGAGAGAAUUUCCUCUUCUGUUUAUAGAAUUAUAAAUAUUGUGAAUUACAUUAUACUGCUCGAAAUAAUUCGAAAUCUAGGCACGAAUGAAAAUACUAUAAGAUAUUAGGAAAGUUUAGUUUCCACAGCGUUGAUAGCUGUCGAUAUAUAGAUAAUAAUCUAGCUAUUUUGAGCAGUAUAUUACGACUAGAGACCACAUAGAUCAGUUUAGCGUAAUCGUUGUUUUGAAAUAGGUACAAUGCACCUCGUUAAAGGAUUUAUGAUAAUCGUAAAUCUAGAAGUCAUAAACACUGCCACUUUCUUAAGGCAAGGAUUUUUACCUGAUCAUUCAAUGAUUCAUUGUAGUCGAUAUUUAUUGCAUUUAACGAUCGUCUGAUGAACGUUAUUCAUUCCCUUUCUCUCCGACGUGAACGUCGAAUCGAAAGAAAGAUAUACAUAUAUACUUGAAAUGCUGUGAAUUAUUAAGUAUAAUCGUAUAAUGUUAUUUAGCAACAAUUAGAAUGCUCUUCGCGAUCGCAAGAAUUCUUUUUACUCCAAUUAAUACUACAUAUAUGCUCAACGUAUAAUGUUUACUCAGACUUUCACGUUGGUUUAUACCGUUAUGAACGUUGAAUAUUAAUAGAGACGAAAGAUUUCAGUAUUUCUAUAUAAUUGUCAACUCGAACUUCUCGAGUAAAAUAUUCGCAGAAAUGUUGACACGCGCAGUUUGUAUAUCAUCUCGUGAUACAUAUUACGAACCAAAAUGUAUUUCUUUGUACAGUAGUGAGUAAAAGUGCUAAAUAUCUCAUGAAUAGUUGAAUGUUAGUUAAAAGUGUACAGAUAGAACGACUUACUUUUACUAAAGUAAAUAAUGAAAUUCUAGAUGUUUUGGUACUGUUCUCUUGUUUCGAAUAAUAACAUAAAAGAAAGAGAAGAAAAUUGUUUGAGGAUUUUAAAAGCCUUUAGCAAUUAUUCUUGUAGCUGAAUUUCUACUACUGAAACUGGAAUCUUCACGUAAGAGUAUAAUAUAUCAUAUAUUAUUUUACUAUUGCAUUUACCAUUAUUAUUAUAGGUAUUAGACAAUAGUAUUGCAUUUAUUCUAAUUAUGAUAGAUACCAAGUAGAAUAUUGACUCGAACAACUAAAAUAUUAUUUUUUCAAAGAAACUAUGUUUUAUAUAUCUAUGCCAAAGGAGAAAUAGGAUUUUCCCUUCGGACAAAAAUGCGCAUUUUAUAUCCUAGACGUUGUAAUAAUUGACUAGUACACGUUCACUCAUAGAUCUCGAUGACAUAUCACUUAAUAUUAGUGAUUGAACUAAUCAUAUUCGAACCGUAAAAGAACCUGAAUUCCUUAGUAGGUAUAAUUAGAGCUGAGUAAAAAUGAACUUGAUUAAAAGAACAAAAAAGAAUAAAUUUCAAAUAAAACAACCGAGGUAUGAAUGAGACUUUUGUUAAAGUUGAAAAAAUGUUAACAUUUAUUAUUUCUCGGCUACAACUUCAUUAAAUUCAGCUCUUUCAACACAUAUUGUAAAAAGAUAUAUUUAAUGUUGUAUUUUAAUACAAGACAUGUACAAGCAUAGCAUAAUAUUGUUUCGUGAAAUACAUUUAGAACACAUAUUUCAGAAACAAAACAUUCGUAGAAGUGUGAUAUUAAAUACUUUAGCGUAUACUUUCUUCAAAAUAAUCAAUUGUUAGUGUUUAUAAAUUUAACGUUAAAAAAUGUUACUGAAUGAAAGUUAUAUAGUGUUAUAUAUCUUUCAAUUCUACUUUGAAUAUAUGUAACUGUCUCAAUCUAAUUUUUAAAUUACCGAAUCGAUCACGAAAAUCUGUAAAUUUAAAUUGUAUUUUUUAUGUGAUUAAAGUUUUGUUAAUUCGA